AUGGAGUGGGAAAAUGGCACACAAGUAAAAGAAUUUUUAUUUCUGGGACUUACCCAGUCCCGAGACAUGAGUUUGAGUUUGUUUCUUUUUCUGGGUUUGGUGUACGUGACAACCCUGCUGGGAAACCUCUUGACCAUAGUUGCUGUGACCUAUGAUUCUCGCCUUCACACCCCCAUGUACUUCUUGCUCCGCAAUCUCGCCGUCCUUGACAUCUGCUUCUCCUCCAUCACUGCUCCAAAGGUCCUGGUGGACCUGCUGUCAAAGAGAAAGACCAUCUCCUAUGGAAACUGCAUGAUGCAGAUAUUCUUCUUCCACCUCCUGGGUGGAGCAGACAUUUUCUCUCUCUCUGUCAUGGCCUUUGACCGCUACUUGGCCAUCUCCAAGCCUUUGCACUAUGUGACCAUCAUGAGCAGGGAACGAUGCUUUGCCCUCAUAGCAGCCUCCUGGCUGGGGGGCUUUGCCCAUUCCAUUGUGCAGAUUUCUCUGUUACUCCCACUCCCCUUCUGUGGACCCAAUGUUAUAGACGGGUUCUACUGCGAUGUCCCCCAGGUCCUUACACUUGCCUGCACUGACACCUUUGUUCUUGAGCUCCUAAUGAUUUCCAACAAUGGCUUGGUUGUGACCUUGUUUUUUGUCCUUCUUCUGGCAUCCUACACGGUGAUAUUGAUGAUGCUGAGGUCACACUCUGGGGAGGGCAGAAAGAAAGCCCUCUCCACCUGCACCUCCCACAUCAUCGUGGUGACCUUGCACUUUGUGCCCUGCAUCUAUGUGUAUGCCCGACCCUUCACUGCCCUCCCCUCUGAUAAAGUCAUCUCUGUCACCUUCACUGUGAUCUCUCCUCUACUGAACCCUGUGAUCUAUACCCUGAGGAACCAGGAGAUGAAGACAGCCAUGAGAAAACUAAAAAGGAGGUCUGGCCCAAAACAAACAAAUAAAUUUGACACACAUGAUCAGGUGCCUAUUGCAAAGCGGGCGCAGGCGCAGUGGCGCGCGGAACGCGCCUGCACUUCCCGCGAGGCACCACGAGGGGGCAGUGCCGGCGCUGAUCUGCGCCUGCGCAGUCGUGAGCGAAGCCAGAACAGUGGAGAAAUGUGGGGGGCCCACGGCGCCUCCGGAGGAACCGGGACGUCGCUGGGUUGUCAGAACCAAACUCAAGAGCCUGGAGGGGCGCAGUCUGGGUUCCCAACUCAGUUCGGAGAGGACCGUGCACCCAGCAAGAUGGACAGGCCCUCGAUUCUGACCUUUCCAGUGUGCAAGCGAUGCUUUAGUUAUGCAGCAAGUCCUGGCCCACGGAGCACCAAGUUUGGAUCUUGGCAGCCCCUGUAG